UUGACAGAUGUGUGAUUCUCAGGCCUCUUAGGCUCAUGUCAUCACUUUAGCUCCGCUCAAUGAGUCGUCAUUACUUUAGUACAUUGCUACAUCAGUGUAGAGCGGACAGAUCAGUCACAAGUGGACACCAUGAAACAAUCCUCCUACUAUAUCCCUGCCUCGAUACUUCUUCUGUUGGUGAACAUUUCUCUGGCUACAGAAACUGGGAACAGCACCAAUAUUGAGGUUCCUGGUAGAAAAGCCACAAUAUUGGGGGAUGUUCCGGCUGCUAAAGCCUUCAUCGAUUCCACUGAUAUAGCUGUUGUCGGGUUCUUUGUGGACCCAGACAUGCCAGAAGUUGAGUAUUUUAAUACAAUUGUUAAAAAUCAUCCUGAAUGGGACUAUGGCACCACAACUAGCAAAGAAGUCCUGAAGCACUACAAAAUAAAGAGCAACGCCAUAACCAUCUUCCGGCAGGCAGAUAAUUUCCGUGACGAUUUAGUGGUGGAGGAGACGCCGGAACUUAAUACUGCUAAACUUUAUAGAUUCCUUACGAUUAAUGAAUUGAGACUGGUGACGGAAUAUAACGCCAUGACGGCCAUUGGAAUUAUCGCCUGCAAAGUUCAAAUCCAUUUGCUCUUCUUCACACACAAGGAUGUGGAAGGACAGGAAACGAUAAUGAAGGAAUUACGGGAAGCUGCAAAGGAUCUUAGGGGACAGGUUCUGUUUGUCAAGAUGGAUGUGAGCAUGAGAAGCAAUCAGAAGAUAAUGGCAUUCUUUAAGCUGCAGAAAAGUGAUCUACCUCUCAUCUCUAUCUAUGACACUGAAAAAAACAGGAAACAUAUCAUGAAAUCUAGUGAAAUUACCGCUGAAGUCGUGAAAAAAUUCUGCAUAGACUUCUUGUCUGGCGCAGGGGAGGAAGAAUCUGAAAAUGUGAAGACAGAACUUUAACAUUUAGAAGUUUGAUACUUCCCGUUUGAUACUAUUUUAUGGUUUUACAAUUUUAAAAUAAAUAUUUUGUUUACUAAAGAGUUGUUAUUAACCCUAAAUGUAUUAGCAGCGCACAGAGCAGACGCUCCAGCAAAGAACUGUCUCAGCAGGAAGAGAAUGGUUAUGUUCCCCAUCCAUGGGUCAAUCUGCACCAAUCAAAACAGUGUUAUCAUAUUGUCCACUACUGUGACCCUAGUUCUUUUAGGGGCAGACAAAUUGUAAUGAUUUUACUCACAGAAAAUAGGUAUGAAUGCAAAUAUUACUCGUUUAUUAUUUCUCAUGAAUCUUAUUUGAUUGUAACAUUUUACCAGUACCAUGAAAGACAAUUUUAACACAACACCUCAAGUUGUUACAAUAGUUUUCCUUCAUUCUUGUUCUAAUAACACUAGACAUGAUUCCGUUUGCCUUUACAGCACUCAUAGGAGUUGUCACUUAGCUAUAGGCCCUAAACACCAAAUAAGCCUUUAUUGUUAUUCAGUUAGGUCAUAUUCACAUAGCGGUUUUUUAUGUGCAUGUAUAAGGCUAUGUUCACAGGCCAGAAUUUCUGGCGAAGGGUGCGCAUGCGCCUGAAACGCGUCUGAUUUGCUUUGGUUGUGGUACCGGUUUUACUCGUGCCUUGAAUAAAGUUGGAUUUCUUUACUUCG